CGGGUUGUGUAUUCUCUCUGUCAAGAUGCUAUAGGAUUAGCAAAAUAGUCUAGAGAUGUGUGUAUCUCCAUGGUCACCGCUAAAAACAUUAUUAUACAACCAUUUCUACUGCUUGGAUGGUUUUGUUGUCCUUCCGGGUGACAUUCUCCUGUUAUACUGUCCUCCUGAAGAAUGUUCAAAGUAUCUGAUUUUGAUUGGAGGUGAAAACAAACUUGCCAACUGAGCUAACUUGCGAGCCCGACUCGACGACAUAAUAGGCUGCUCUUUUUGGGAACACGGUGUGCUCGCUGUGUCGGAUCAACCCUGUGCUCAGAGCUCAUUUUGUGGGUGAUUUCAGAUAGUUUCUACGUGUUACCGCAUCUUUGACGCUUGACAUCGUGAUGUUAAAUCAGCCCUGUUCAUGUAGGAUGGAGGGGCAUUAGCUAACUACCAAGCUAGCGACUCACAAUCCGGCCGGUGCGAGUCAUUGUAGCGUUAAGAGAUCACUGCUGCCUAAAAAUACUCUCUUUGUACCUCUGAAAGUGGCCUGUAGUCCACGUUGGACCCGUUCUGUGCCACUUUGCUUGGAGUCUGACACUCUACAUGGUCACUACAGUGGAUUUAAGGCGACUUGAAAAGCGAGUCGGACUCCGAGGUUGGGAGUCGAGGUGGCCUGAUCUAACGUCACACCGCACCUGCUGUUGGGCUCAAGGUCCCCAAGUGAUCAAAAACCAGCUGGGGCUGGCUGGCCCACUAUCGUUUUGUCCUAAUGGCUUGUUUCUGUCAUCAGUAGUAAUAUAACAAGCCGUAGCACUUUGUAAAGGUCAGCGACAAACACCUUGUUUCCACUGUCAACUGAGUUUGGCGAGGCAGAGAUCACCUGGGCAGAACACAACACCAUGUCGGAGGAUAACAACGCAGACAAGUUCAUCAAGGAGACAUCCAUUCUAGACGAGUACAACAUCAACUGGACGCAGAAGUUGGGAGCCGGCAUCAGCGGACCUGUCAGAGUUUGUGUGAAGAAAUCAACUCAGGAACGUCUGGCCUUGAAGAUCCUCAUUGAUCGGCCCAAAGCCAGAAAUGAGGUGCGUCUUCACAUGAUGUGUGCCAACCACCCGAACAUUGUGCAAAUCCUUGAGGUUUACGCCAACAGUGUCCAGUUCCCACAUGAGUCCAGCCCGAGAGCAAGACUCCUGAUCGUUAUGGAGAUGAUGGAGGGUGGUGAGCUAUUCCACAGAAUCAGUCAGCACAGGCACUUUACUGAAAAGAUGGCCAGCCAGGUCACCAAACAGAUCAGUCAAGCCUUGGAACAUUGUCACUCCCUAAAUAUUGCACAUCGUGACCUGAAGCCAGAGAACCUCCUCUUUAAGGAUAACUCUCUGGAUGCACCUGUGAAGUUGUGUGACUUUGGCUUUGCCAAAAUUGAUCAAGGAGACUUGAUGACCCCUCAGUUCACUCCCUACUAUGUAGCACCUCAGGUACUUGAGGCUCAAAGAAGACACCAGAAAGAAAAGUCUGGAAUUAUACCUACCUCACCCACUCCUUAUACCUAUAACAAGAGCUGUGAUUUGUGGUCUCUCGGCGUGAUAAUCUACGUGAUGCUGUGCGGCUAUCCUCCGUUCUACUCCAAACACCACAGUCGCACCAUCCCGAAGGACAUGAGGAAGAAGAUUAUGACAGGCAGCUUCGACUUCCCUGAAGAUGAGUGGAGCCAGAUCUCUGAGAUGGCCAAGGACAUCGUACGCAAGCUGCUGAAAGUGAAGCCAGAAGAGAGGCUGACCAUUGAGGGAGUCUUGGCUCACCCUUGGCUCAACUGCACUGAGGCCCUAGACAACGUGCUGCCCUCUGCCCAGAUGAUGAUGGACAAGGCGGUAGUUGCAGGUAUCCAGCAGGCUCAUGCUGAGCAGUUAGCCAACAUGAGGAUUCAGGAUCUGAACGUCAGCCUGAAGCCCCUCAACUCUGUUAACAACCCAAUCCUCAGGAAGCGAAAACUACUUGGCCCCAAGCCCAGUGACGGUUUCUUCAUUCAUGACCCUGAGAAUGGAGGAGAGGACUCAAACGUGGCGCUGGAAAAACUACGAGAUGUCAUUGCACAAUGUAUUCUACCACAAGCUGGAGAGAAUGAAGAUGAGAAGCUGAAUGAGGUGAUGUAUGAAGCGUGGAGGUUCAACAGAGACUGCAAACUUUUGAGAGACGGUCUGCAGGGUCUCAGCUGGGAUGGACGAUCCUUCUCUGAUAAAGUGGACCGCUUGAAGUUGGCAGAAAUAGUCAAACAGGCCAUCGAAGAGAAGACAAAUCUGGAAGAAUCUCAUUAGCAAACGCUGUCUUUAUAUCCGUUUUAUAGUGUUUAUUAUGACCCUUUUUAACCCACAUCUGUAAAGAGGCUUUUUUAUGUAAAAUAAUGUGCAGAUUUUUUUCUUUCUUUCAUGAACUCACUUGCAAAAACCUAUUGUACAGCUGUAGAAAUAUUUCAAAAAGGACACGUUGGUACUGGAAUCUUUUUUUAUUGGAUACUUGCAAAGAACAUAGAAGAAAAAGUAUAUUUUCAUUUUUGCAAAAAAAAAAAAAAAAAGACGAGAAAAACAGUUAAUGAAAUUAUUUUCUGGGAGGGAGUUUUCUUCGGCUCCUUGUCCCAUACAUCCUUUUUUUAAAAUCUCAAGUAAAUCCAUUUUAUUCUAUUUUAUUUUAUUUUAUUUUAUUUUAACCAUCUGAAGAAUUUUAUUUAUUUAAACAAAGAGUUCCAUUAUUUUAUAACUUUCUUGUAGCCUGGCUAUGGGUUCUAAAAAUACAAACUGACUGAUAUGUGACUUUGUUCUUCCACACAAAUUGAAUCUCAGACUGAGUUUAAAUUAUGUAAAGUCUUUGGUUUUAUGCUACCUUCACUUGUUGACCGGUUUGUUUUGUCAACGCAGAGUACAAAUGAGAACAGAAACAGUCAUGAAAAUGACAAAUGCAACUUCACAUUCAUUCUGUCAGAUCUUUUGUUUUUUAAGAGACUUCAUUGCAGAGACUGAAGAGGCAUUAAAAAAAACUACGGCUUUGUUCCUGUCUGAAUUAUAGAGGAGUGUUUUUGACUCAAUCAUAACUCAAGGUUCACUAAGAGAUUUUUCUGGAGCUUUUAACUGUCUCACAGCCUUCUUUAGAUUUUAAUUUUCACAUCAUUUGAUGCUGUUGAAAGCACAAAUUAAGUUAAGACUGGGUUGUCAGACUGCUUCAGUUGUCAAGAAUGAAAUUUGAUGUGAGUUUAACUCAUCCACAUGAAAAGAUGAUGCUGUCUUGUCAGAAUAUGUAGUUUCUAAUCGGCAGGUUAAAUGAAGUGUAUUAUUUCAAGGCUAAAAAAGUCUAUCUGUGUGUCUUCACAAGUCUGAUGGAAUUCUGGAAAAGGUCUUAAAGUGACAAUUUGUAAGUGCUAUUGUUUAUUUUUAUUUUCUCACCACUUAUGAUGAGGGGAGGUCAUUAGUAUUUCCAAAGUUAUGGUUGAUUUGUAAGGGUGACCUUCUCUGAUCUUAAUUUUUUCCUUUAGUUUUUAAUUUUAAUUUAAUUUAAUUUUUAGCAGUUUUGUCAUCUGCUGCAAGACAGAACACAACAAUACGCUGCUUCACAUACAAGUCUACUUGUGAUUGGUCCUGGAAACAUGAGAACCUACAUCCAGCUUGUAAUACUGCAAAUGCAAGGGCUUUCAUCAUAGACACUCUACCACCGUUUUGUUGCUUUAUUCAGCUACUGUGUCUAAAAUGGACAUUCAAUUAAAUGAAUACCUUAGAAAUGAUGACUUUAAGGCUAGCUAAAGCUGUUGAUCUGUGACCCAUUGUGAGCUGCUUUGAUGUAAAGAGCCAUGCGCUGGAAUUCAGACCAGGAGCAUGCAUGGUGUAUUUCAAUCAGUCAGUAUUACAGUCUUUUCUUUCCUACUUAAUUUCAUGGUCUGUACACCAGAAUACUCAUUCCCAUGCUUAUUUAUAAUGAUGAUUUUAUACAAUUUCAUAUUUAUAUCAUUGAUUAGCCAGAGUGACACUAUCCCUGACCUGUUUUAUUCUAGUCAUAUCUGAUAUUAUAUCACAGAGGAGGUGAAAGAAGGGAUUUAUGAAUCAGGCUUAGAUGGCUUAAAGGGCAUGUUCUCGUGUUCAGUGCCUGAUUGUUUCUUUAAUAUUGUUUUUUAGUUUAUUGAAAUUCCUCUGAAGUUUAUGAUGAAAUUCCAAUUUUAAGAAGACUUGGCUUUAUAAAUCAUCACAGCUUUAAAUAUUCAUUUCUGAUCUUAAUGAAUCUAUAUGUCCUUUCUGAGGUAUGAGCAAACAUUGGUGUACUGUAUAACUGCUUUCCUUAAAACUUGAAUCUCCAGUUUCGGGGAUUUUGAAACAUUCAGAUACACUAAACAUAAAGGAUCAGGUGCUCAUUGACGAGUUUAGAAAAUUCUUCUGCUUCUCAAGACAAAUAAACCUUUAAAAAACAUAUUUUUGCAUUCUCACAUUGCAAAUAAUGGGGCUGUUACUUUUUCCCACCAUGUGUAACUGAAACACACAAGCCUUCUUUUUGUACAUGUCUUUAGUUCCUUUGUUUUGAUUGGGUUUCAAAUCCAAAACCGUUAAUAAGAUUCUGAGAGGUCCUUUUAGCUGUCUGUCCUGAUGAUGGUUAAAAGGCUAAUGAUAACCACAUCUUGUAUAAAGGCCUUAUUGUCACAGGCUAAAUUUAUGGUCAAAUGUGCCUUGUUGACGGGGCAGCCUAUUUAUCUUUUUUAGUAUUAAUGACAGGAUAAAGGUGAAACUCAGAAUCAGUGGGGUUGUAAUUGGUAUUUUUCCUGGGACUGACUUGGUUGGUUUCAUGUGAGUAUAUGAAGGCUUUCAUUCCACAUUUGUUUUGUUGGUUUGCUAAUAUUUGGUAGACAUUAAUUCAGCAUUGUAUUUGAGAAAAGUCUGUCCUCCGAAAAGAACAAAUUGAUUUAUUGGUUUGUGUUUCAUAUGCUAAGCCCUUAAUCCCCUGCUGACAAAAGAAGACUUGGUUUGACAUUCUUUCAAAAAUUUUCUUCUAUGUCUUGCCAAGAGUUACAUUGAAACAGGAGUGUGUAUCCACUGUGUUUUUUCCAUUCAAUUAUAAGGCUCCAGCCAGCUGCUGAUUAGCUUAGAAUUAAGACUGGACAUAGCUAACGCCGCUGUGUGUAAAUGUAACAUCAUCUACUUAUCGACAUAUUUGACACUCAACAGUUCUAUUAUUUUUGUUUGUUUCUUUAAUUUAAAAAAGAAAGUAUGAGGAGAAUGUUAUUUGUUGUUGUUUUUUCCAGUUGUGCCAAACUUACAGCACAGACUUUUUGCAAGGACUCUGCAAUUCCUUGCAAAACCUUGGUAAUGGAAGUCAGUACAUAGCCUCACAAUGGAUGAUAACUGCUUUUACAUAUUUUGUUCAUUGUACAGAUUGAACAAAUUAGAUGUCAUGUGUUAAUUAGCUAACUAAUAUCCUAAUUAACUUCAAAUGUUCAGGUUCCAUUUACUCUUUUAUUUAAGGACAUAAAAUAUCCGGUGUCUGAUGUCAAACAAAAACUAUAAAGCUAUUUCCAAAAGACAAACUUUAGCUCUGUUGUCGGCAGUCAGUUUCUUUUUGGUGUGGUAUAAUUUCGAAUAAAAAAUGUCAGGGUACAAGACCUUAAACCUAACAUGUUGAAGAAUCUGCAGAGCCUUUCAAUAAAUGAGAAACCAAAUAGCGCUGUUUUUUAUCUUGUCUUGGUGGAUGCGUGAUUAAGAGUGUUUGUGUGUGGCGUCUGGAGCCCAUCAUUGAUCAAAUACAGGCCUACUUCCUGAACCUACAAAUAACAGAGUUUUUACCCUUUUCUACUUGAGUCCUGCAUUGCUGUCGAAGAGAGGGGGGGUGUACUCAUUUGCAUUUUGUUCUGUGCAGUCAGGGCAUGUUUCUUGAUAUUGCUAUUCUUAACAAUGAAAUCCUCAAGGGAACCAAACAGUCACACAACAAUAGGAACUUCCUGCUGUUUUGCUGCUUAAUCUGGCUCAGUGUUACUACAGACAAAUCCCAGAGGAUAGCUGGUUAGGAAAAUUCUACUACUGUUUCUGAGUAGCUGCGGCAGGAUGCCCUUCAGACUGACACGGCUACGACAUAUUUCAUUAAAAGUAUCUUGCCUGCUCAUUGAACAAGAUUUAAAAGAUAGAAAUGGUUUAUUCAGAAUGUCUGCUUUUCUCGUCACCGCUACUGUACUCCCCCUGCUGUAUGAAUUCUCAAAAAGUACAGAGGAGUGUAGCUUGUAUUUUUAGUUUCAAGAAACACUUCCUUUAUAGGGUCUGGCAUCAAAGACUCGAGAAGACACUUUAUUGACUUUAAUUUGCAGUUUUGUUUUCUUUGUUUGUUUCUGGCGUGGCAGUUAAUGUAGCAUGUAACCUCCAUGAGAGACUCGCUGUAUCUACAUAUAUAUUUUUGCCCUUUCUGUCUUUAUUGGAAUGUCUUCAACAUGCUGACUUUGUAAUAAAGGAAUUAUUGGACUUUU